AUGCACAGUACAACGCUCACUCUACCAGCAGAGUACCUGCUAGGUCCAGCUAACCUAGAAGGAUUUCUUGGUCAAGUUCUGACCUUGGCGUGAUUAGCCGGGGGGUGGUUUCUAUCGGUAGAUUCGUAUUGAACUCCGACAUCAAAGUUGUGCUAGUGUCUUGAACUCCGUAUUUAUAGGCAGUUCGUUCUUUUUAAUAAUAAGACAUAUUUACCGUGUGAUCCUAGUUCCUGCGACUUAUGAUCUUCGAGUCGAACGCCGUUCGCCAUUUGCGAACUGUGCAAUAGUCGGCUAUAUACAAGCAAGUUAUUAGAUUUGAGCGGAAACAUUUUCCCUGUGAUCCUAGUUAUGGACGAGUUAUGGGUGGAGUCGCCACGCGCGGAUGACGACAACCCUAACAACCCCGAUUUCCAUUCCGCUCCGUUGUUCCUUCAGAAUCAAAGGCAAUCCUCCCAGGAGCACCACCAAAGCCAUGGCGGAGCAUCUAUCAACGGGGACGACGACAACGCUGAUUCGCUUAAGUCUCCCACAAUGCCCGCCGGAUGCGCUGUUAAUUUCCUCAAGCCAGCCAAUCAGAAUCGCCAGCGCUCCGGCAGUGUGCGUCAGCGCGUGUGGAACAAGGUGCAGCGCGCCACGUCACUCUCUGCCAUGGAUCUUCAAACCUUCGUGCGCUCGCUUUCCCAGGACCCGAAACCCGCUCAUCCAUUCAUACCUUCCAACGGCGCGGAAGGCGGAGAGGUGCGUGGAGGGGCGCAGCAGGUGCGGGGAGGAGAUGGCGGUGUAGGACAGUCGCGCGGAGCAGCGCAGGCGCAAGCCUCUUUAUUUUCCGGGUCUGAAGUCAGCGGAGAUAGAGAUUUUCCCUCCACGGUUGGCCCCGCAGCUUCCCCCAAUGGCUUCCCCGCGAACCUCUCUGGCGCAAGCGGAAGCCGUUCCGCCGGCGGCGGAUCCCACUGGGCCCUGGCGCGUUCCGCGUCAGACGCGCUGCACCAGAUGUUCGGGGAUAAGGGGGAGGCCAGUGGCGGAAGCCAGCGGGGAGCAGCGGGGAGAAACCACGGGCCUGCCGCAAGGGGGAGCGGGGAUUCUGUUGGGGGGAUUUUCGUACCAUUAAAGCAGACUGCACAAGGCGCGUUCUUUUCGCGGCAGCGGAGCUUUUCCGCGAGUGGUGCGGGCUUUUCCGCCAUUGGCACAGGCUUUUCCGCCAGCCCUUCCGCUUCUCCCGCUGUCCCCACUUCCUCCUCUUCCGCCUCAGGCGGAGGGCUGGGGGGCUCAGGCGGAAAGGGCGCAAGUUUGGUGGGGUCCAAGGCAGUGCCUCCGUUGCCUGUAUCGAGAUCCGCUAUAGCGAGGUUCAGAUUGCCCCGCAUGGCGUCAGAGAGCGGGCGGAGGCACAGGGCGUGGCAGGCGGAUUUAGGGGAGGAAGACGAUGGGGAGCUGCUCGAGGGGGAGGUCGUAUCUGAUCCGGUGGUAACUGAUCCGGUGGGAUCUGAGCGGGUGGUAAACAGGGGAGGUUUGUUUGGUGGUGCUGGGAAUGGCAUGGGAGGAUUUGAGGGAGGUAUAUCUGCGACUGGUGGGGGCGGUUCCAGUAGGGGCGGUUUCGGUGGGAAGAAUUUUGGUGGGGGGCAGAGGAGCGGGGGAGGGAGGUUGGGGUCGGAAGGAGGAGCGGAUGGGCUCAAGAGUCAGUCAAUGCGGUACGAUUCGGUUCCAAACAGGUCAAGGGUGUAUUCUCUGAGUCAUUCCAACAUGGAUGGGUACCUGGGAGCAACCGUUUCCACCAGCCCUGCUCCUUCUACUGCUGCUGCUGCUGCUGCUGGGACUUUUGGCGGUGGUGAUCCUGCUGGUGGUGUUUUUUCUGGCGACGGCUCUGAGAGGUUCUCUAAUGGACCCCAUCGCAUGUUCGGGGCUGAACAGUCGGCCGUGGGAGAAAGCAUGGGCGCACUGGAUACACGGCAUUCGCUCCAGCAGCAGCAGCAGUACCAGCCGCAGCCACAGCAGCAGUUGCCGCCGCCGCCGCCGCCGCCGCAGCAGCAGCAACAGCAAGGUGCGGACGCACAGGCUUUUGGCACUGGAACAGCCCCUGACGCUCAGAUUCUCAUCAUAGACCCAGGAGCGGAGCGAACAGAGCAGUUGGCAGCAGCACAGCAGCGGGCAAGCACUCAGCAGGCGGCAGGCGCAUCUCGACCGUCCGUGCAGCAGGCAGCCGGCGGAUCCCGGCCGUCCACGGGGACAGGAUCGCGCUCAACUGCAGUAGCGUAUGUGAGCAAAUUCGAGGAGUACAGGAGAAGACUGGCGGAGCAGCAGCAGCAGCUGCAGCAGCGGCAUGGGGUGGGGGUGGGGCCAGGUCAAGGGCAGGGGCAGGGGGAAGGGCAAGGGGAGGAGCAAGGGCGAGGGGAAGGGCAGGGGCGGGGGGAGGGGGACCAACAGGCGCAAGAGGAGGGACAGGGGCACGGGGAGGGGUACCAGCAGGGCUGGGAGCGGGGGAAGGGGCAAGGUCCGGAUGAGGGCAUGGGGGGAGGUAUGACCCGUGUUGGGAGGGGUGGUGUGGUUCCUAGAAGUUGCUCCCAGGAUGCUUAUGCCAGUGCUGCCACUCGCGGGGCUGGUGGGAUCGGUGGGGGGAGGAGGCAGGGAUACGGCAGUCACAGGGCCUCGCCAGUAGCAGCAAGAGGAGCAGCAGGAGCAGGAGGAGCAGCAGGAGGAGGGGGAAGAGCCGGAGUGGGGGGGAGAGCUGGAGCAGCAGCAGGAGGAGGAAGAGCGAGUGACAGGGGCGGGAGGCCCUUCAUGGUAAGGUCAGCGUCUCUGGGCAGCCCUGAGGCCUUCUUGGGCCAGCUGGAGAGAGACGAGGGGGAUGAGGGGGACGCAGCGGAAUUGGAUGGAUCUGGGGUAGGCGCAGCUGGGGUAGGCACAGCCGGGCUAGGCAGGGACCCUAUUGAGAGUGCAUCGGCAGUUGGUGGGGGAAGUAUCGGUCGGGUGAGUGGCCGGGGUCGGGGUGGCGGCGGUGGUAGUAGAGGUGGUGGUGGCGGUAGGGGUGGGGGUGGUCGGGCCACUGUGUCUGCCACACUCUCUCUUCGGAAUUACGAGAUGUUCCGACCGUCGUCUGCACUAGGGUCAUCAUCGUCAUCAGCAGUAGCAUCAGCAUCAUCAUCGUCAUCAUCAUCAUCAACAGUAGCUGCUGCUGCACUAGCGUCGCCGUCAGCUGAAGCUGAGGAUGAGGAUGACGGGCUGGCCCCUGUGGACCCUCUGUCAACUGCCAACUCCCUGGGUGGGGCUACUGCUAGAAAGGCCAGUCAUGGGAGAGGGAGUGGCAGUGGCGGGAGCAAUGGCUGUGGGCGGGGCCGGGGUAACCCUAACUCUACCCCGGGUAACCGCCGCCUGCUUCGUCGGCACACAGACGACCCCACUCAGCUGAACCGCGUCCAGACGCCCGAUGCCCUCUCAGCCUUCCCCGCUGUGCCCUCCCGCUUUGGCCCGGGGAACAUGCAGCGCCCUUCGCCCUCUCUUGCCCAACGCCCUUCCUCUGCUCUUGCGCAGCGGCCCUCCUCCUCUCUUGCCCAACGCCCCACCUCCUCGUCUUACCACCGCCCCUCUUCUGGGCAGAUUCAGCAGCUGGGGCAGAUGCAGCAGCAGGGGCAGAUGCAGCAGCUGGGGCAGAUGCAGCAGCUGGGGCAGAUUCAGCAGCAGGGGCAGAUGCAGCAGCUGGGGCAGAUGCAGCAGCUGGGGCAGAUGCAGCAGCAGGGGCAGAUGCAGCAGCUGGGGCAGAUGCAGCAGCUGGGGCAGAUGCAGCAGCAGGGGCAGAUGCAGCAGCAGGGGCAGAUGCAGCAGCAGGGGCAGAUGCAGCAGCAGGGGCAGAUGCAGCAGCUGGGGCAGAUGCAGCACCUAGGGCAGAUGCAGCACCUGGGGCAGAUGCAGCAGCAGGGGCAGAUGCAGCACCUGGGGCAGAUGCAGCAACAGGGGCAGAUGCAGCAGCAGGGGCAGAUGCAGCAGCAGGGGCAGAUGCAAACACAGGGGCAGAUGCAGCAGCAGGGGCAGAUACAAGCACAGGGGCUUGUACAAGGGCAGUCAAAGGGCCAAGUGCCGUCCCAUUCCUCUCCAGUUCGGCAGCGGCUGGACCCCUCUCCCUCCUACAGCGCUCCUGAUUCAGCCCAGGAGCAGCAGAUUCUUCGGCCCUCCACAUCCUCCUCCUCUCCCCUUCAACAGCAACCCAGCCUAUCCUCUCUUCCUAGUUUUCAACCAGCCCGAGACCAGCAGAUUCCUCGACCCGCUACCUCUUCCUCCCCGCUUCGGCAGCGGCCGAACCCCUCUCCUUCCAGCAGCGCUCUUGAUUCCGCUCAGGAGCAACAGCUGCCUCAGCCCGCUACGUCCUCCUCUCCCCUUCGGCAGCGGCCAAACCCCUCUCCCUCUUGCAUUGAGUCUGAUACAGCUCAGAAUCAACAGGUGGCUCGGCCCUCCACAUCCUCCUCUCCCCUUCGACAGCGCCCCAAGUCUUCCUUCCCCCAGCACAGUGUUAAUUCGAUGCAUGACCAGCAAAGCCCUCUACCCGUUACGUCCUCCUCUCCCCUUGGACAGCGGCCGAGCCCCUCUCCCUCCAGCAGUGCUCUUGAUUCCUCUGAAGCGCAAAAGGUGCCCCGACCCUCCACCUCCUCCUCUCCCCUUCGAACCAGGCCUAAUCCUUCCUCUCCCCUCGAGAGUCCCGACUCAAGGCCAGACCACCAGCCUCCUCGACCCUCUACCUCGUCCUCUCCGCUUCGCCCAACGCCCAAUGCGCCUCCCUCCCGCCGUGCCUUCUCAGGCCCUCUCCAGCCUUCCUCCUCUCGCAACAGCAGCAGCAACAGCAGCAGCAGCAGCAGCAGCAGCAGCAGCAGCAGCAGCAGCAGCAGCAGCAGUUACAGGAAUCAGCGGCCGGCCCCAGUGAAUUGCCUCCCUCGCCGGUCCUCCGCUCGAUUACUGAAACCGCAGAGCCAGACUUCCAGCUCUCAGAACCACGGGGCGUCUCAAAACUUGUCUCCUGCUGGCUCGCCUCAGCCCAGCCCUGUGAGAAGCCCGCACGGGAGGCAACUCCCCUUUCCUCCCCCUCGUUCUCCUCUCUCUCCGCUUGCUCAGGUAGAACAACAUCACCAGCAGCAGCAGCAGCAGCAACAGCAGCAGCAGCCACAGGAGCCUGAGUUUCCCGGUGCAGGGAGCAACGUUGCAGCCGCAGUCAGGGGCUCGUCAGUUGGGGGCAGUGGGGCACACAGCACAUUGCAACUGCCUCACAGUCCACAGCGCAUGGUCAUACACCAUGCUCCCACCCAGGCUCCCGAUUAUGCUCCCACCAGUCCUGUUCACGCACUAGUGCAUGCCCCCACCAGCCCCUCCCGCAGCAUGCAUGUGCCAUCUGCUCAAGCGCCACUGCACUCCCCCCAUGCGCCUCUGCACUCUCCCCAUGCGCCCCUGCUCUCCCCCCAUGCGCCCCAGCAGUUUCAAGCGCCUCUGCACUCCCCCCAUGACCUUGCAACCCCCCAUUCCCCUGGGCACUCCUUUCAACCCCAACUUCACUCCCCCCAUGCGCCCCUACACUCCCCCCAGAGUCUCACCCACUCCCUUCAUUCCCCCUUGCGCUCCCCGCAGCAACAAGUGCACUCUCCCCAUGCCUCUAUUCACUUCCCCCAUGGUCUCACACACUCCCCACACUCGCCGUUGCACUCGCCGUUGCACUCCCCUCGGCAGCAACCAAACUUUCCAGGUGCACCCAUGCUCUCCCCCCAUGCGCCCACCCACUCCCUUCAUUCCCCUGUACACUCUCUUCAGCAGCAACUACUCUCUCCCCAAGCGCCCAUGCACUCCCCCCACGCGGCCAUGCACUUCCCCCAAGCGCCAGUGCACUCCCCCCGUGCAGUCACCCACUCCCCACAUGCCCCCCAGCACUCGAUCUUCCAGCUUCCUCAGAAUCCCACGCCCUCCCUUCUUUCCUCCCAACAGUCUCUGGACCCUCCCUUGGUCUUCCCCCAAUCUCCCCACUCCCCCUUGCACUCGCCCCCCCACGCACUCCACCCCGCUUCGCACAGUUACCAGCAGUCUGCUCCUGCUCCCACCCUCUCAAGUUCCAGCCGGCAGCAAGCCCUUGGUUCUGAUAUCUCAAAUUCCUCAGUGCCUACUCUUACACAGGAACUGAGCUUUGAUUUGAGAUCGACGAACCAAGGGGGGCUUGCUGUGACACAGGUCCGGGGUCAGGUAACCGAGGCUAGGAACGAGGCUGACAGACAGGUUUUGGGACCUGGUUUGGCGGAUAACAGUGUGACUGUAUUGGACUGUGACAGUGGCGACCUGUUUUCGUUUGAGCAGGAGAGUAGGGAAGUGGCUGGUGGGGGGGUGAGCGUGCGUGCACGAGAGGUGAUGCGUGUGCACGGGCAGAGUUUUGAGACGCCUCGUAGGUCGAUCGAGGCGCCUCGAAAGUCGUUUGAGGCGCCUCAUAAUUCAUAUGAAGCGCCUCGGAACUUGUUUGAGACGCCCCAUAAGUCGUUAGGGGCGCCUGAUAAGCCAUCUGAGGAGAGCAGAAGCAUGGCUGGUGGGGGAGUGAGCGGGCUUGCACAGGAGGUGAUGCGAAUGCAUGGGCAGGAAGAGAGUGAUGGGAACCAACAGCAGCUGCUGCUGCUGCAGCAGCAGCAACAAUACCAGCAGCAGCAACAGCAACAGCAGCAUCAGCAAGAGCAAGAGCAACAGCAGCAGCAGCAGCAGUUGCUGCAGUUUGCAAGGCAGCAGUUUUCCCUCCCAACUUCCUCCACAGCAUCACCCCACCUUCCCACAUCAAGUGCGCUCUUCUAUCCACCCUCAGGUCAAACCGAACAAAGCCUUUUGCAGCAACACUCUGGAACCACCCCGCACAUCUCCCCCCCUCCUUCGUACACAUCCUCCUCUCCCUCUAACCCUCCUUCCUUCUCUCACGUCUCCCCUCCUCCCUCCUUCGCCCAUGCCGAAUCCUCCCUCCCCUCCCAUUCCCCGACGCAAAACCACUUCACAAACACACGCAGUCUUCACACCACUGACCCCACUACCUCGCCACUGGAUAAUCUACCUCGUAUGCACACCAACCCGCUACACUACAGGCGGCCUUACAACACUCACCUCCCUCGCCGCCCCCCUCGCCCCGCCCCCCCUCAGUCUAGGAGUCCACUGGCUGCAGCAGCUGCAGCUGGGGCUGGUGGAAAGGGGGCGUUUUCUUCAUCUAGAAUUGGGAAUAUCAACGGCCAGACUGGUGCUUUGGCUGGUCGUAGCAGUUUCACUGUUGAUUCUUGAAUUGACUAGAACUGAUUCUCCUGGGGGGCUGCAUUUGGUAGUAGCGCCAGUACUAGGCAAGGCAUACCAUUGCUCUGGCCAGUCGUGGUGGUAGUUUCACUGCUGGUGCUCAACUUCAAGGCUCGCAAGCUGGUGCUCUGUUUAAAGGUGGGAGUACUUCUGCUUGCCUUGGCUGGUCGUUAAUGGUGUCAAUCAAACUUCACCCAUCUGGCUUGUAACAUAUUCAUGUGCUUUGUUUAUCCUUACCAUUGUGGCUAAAACUGAGGUUCC